CCGGGUCAUUUUAUCUCUUGUAGGCUCGAAUGGUUGGCAAGUGCACCACCUGGAUGUGAAAUCUGCAUUCUUGAACGGGCACCUAACUGAAGAAGUCUAUGUCACACAACCUCAAGGAUUCGAGAAGAAGGAUGAAUCUGGCAAAGUGUACAAACUCUCUAAAGAUCUGUAUGGCUUGAAACAAGCUCCCAGAGCUUGGAAUUCGUGCUUAGACAAGUACUUAAAAAGUUUGGGUUUUAAAAAGUGUGGUCAAGAAUAUUCUGUGUACACAAGGUCAAAGAAUGGGAAUAAGUUAAUCAUUGGAGUAUAUGUAGAUGAUCUACUUGUGACAGGAAGCAACCCAGAAGAUGUGAAGGAUUUUAAGAAAGAAAUGAAGAUCAGGCUUGAGAUGAGUGAUCUCGGCCUGUUAACAUAUUAUCUUGGAAUUGAGGUGAAUCAACAAGGUAAUGGAAUCACUCUGAAGCAAGAAGCUUAUGCCAAGAAUAUCUUGGUCAAAACCCGGAUGUUAGACUGCAAUCCCACCAAGAGCCCGAUGGAACAUAAACUCUCUUUGACCAAAGAUGGUGAUGAAGAGCUGGUGAACCCAACAGAAUACAGGAGCAUUGUUGGCUGCCUAAGGCACCUUACUCACACUAGACCCGAUAUUACUUUUGCAGUUGGUGUUGUUAGUCGAUUUAUGGAAAAACCCUCUAUAAAACAUCUCCAAGCUGUAAAGGGAAUCCUCAGAUAUGUGAAAGGGACUUUGAACUAUGGUCUAGUCUAUUCUAAAGGAGGUGAAAAGGUCACUAUCUCAGGAUUUACAGAUAGUGAUUUGGUCAAGGAUAUUAAUGAUAGGAGAAGCACAGGGGGAAUGGCCUUUCAUGUGAAUGGAAACUUGGUCACAUGGGCAUCUCAAAAGCAAAGGGUCGUGGCUCUCUCAUCUUGUGAGGCAGAAUUCAUUGUUGCCACCAUGGCAGCUUGUCAGGGCAUAUGGCUAAGGAGACUUCUCACAGAAAUCACAUGA